GCUGCGUGCAACAACACUCUUCAAUUACUUUAUAGUUGUGGUAUACAUACAAACAACUACACUUAACGCUUUCCUCAGUGUAAUUAUUAGCCAACACAAAAUGGCGAGCAGCACUGCAGGGAGCGAGUUCUUGCGCCCCCCAAGCGAUGAAGAUUUCGAUACAGUCUGCCGCGAGCCCUCACAUUAUAACCCCCUCGACACAUUUCGACUACCCAGCGGCCAGGAUCGGCAUUACCAGCAGCAAUAUGGCGACAUGUACUUCUUGCGACUGGCAAAACUAAAGCCCGCCGUUGAAGAGAUUGCAGUGGAUACAUGGGAAGGAUUCAGUAUCGCUGGAGAGAAUGCGCGUCGCGUGGAGAGAGUCCUUGAUGUGAGACAGGGAGAGCUUUGCUGGGUUGCAGGCACGAUAUACAUGGAUAUGCCAUUGAAGCCUAAUAUUUUGGAUGAUCUUACAAAAGAGAACUAUACAUUAGCACCACCUCCUCGACCGACUUACCAAGACCCCGCCAAUCCUGAUUCGACACAGAUAAUGUUGGAGGACGAGUCCGGUCGUUUGCGCUUAACAGGAAGCAUGCUCCGGAACGCGCAAUUAUGCACAGGAGCUAUCAUUGCAGUUUUGGGAACCGAAAAUUCAAACGGGGACUUCGAGGUUAUCGAUAUUAAAGUUCCCGAUUUGCCGCAACAGCCUCGUCGAUGGGAAAGCGAGGGAGGGGACGCACCACAGAAGGGACCAAGCAAGGGUAAGAUUGCCUUUGUGAGUGGGCUAGGAAUCACGGGAACAUCGAGCGAUACUCUUGCUUUGGAGCUUCUGACGGACUAUCUCCUUGGUUACACCGGAACAGCAUCCGCCGAAGGUGUGCCACCGAAUGCUUCUGCGAUUACAAGGUUAAUUAUUGCGGGAAACUCUGUGGGGGCCAGGAUGACUGUGGACACCGAUAGUUCGACGAAGAAAAAGUCUGGUCCAAAGAAGUACGGAUAUGAUGCUUCUGCGUAUAAUGCAUCUCCUAUAACACGACUUGAUGCUUUUCUGGCAGAAAUCCUGCCUAGUGUACCCGUCACCCUUAUGCCUGGUGAAUCGGACCCCGCGAACUUCUCCCUCCCUCAACAGGGAAUUCACCGCGCUAUGUUUCCGCAGGCCAGGGCAUACUGUGCCCCGCCUUCUUCUGGUGAAGAGAAGCAGGAGCCCGGUUGGUUUGAUAGUGUUACGAACCCGUGGGAGGGUGAUGUCGAGGGGUGGCGCCUAUGGGGCUGUAGCGGUCAGAAUGUGGAUGAUGUCCUGCGGUACCUGAACUUCGCGGACGGGGAAGGAAAUGUUGGUGACGGUGCUGGAGAUGCCGAGGCAAGGAUGAAGAUCAUGGAGGCCAUGCUGCGCUGGAGAUGUGGAGUUCCCACCGCACCAGAUACGUUAUGGUCAUACCCAUUCCAAACAGACGAUCCAUUCGUUAUGCAGACCUGCCCCCAUAUUUUCUUUGCUGGAAAUCAGCCACAGUUCAAGACAGCCACGAUCGAGAGCGAUUUGCCUUUGAAGCUGAACGGAGCUGACACGGAGAUGACAGGUACGGAUGAUGAUGACACAUCUGGGCCUCGUGUGCGUCUUCUCUCUAUACCCAAGUUCAAGGAAACUGGGGAACUAGUUUUGGUCGAUACCGAGACACUGGAGGUGGAAGUGGUCAAGUUCAGCACAUUUGCCGGACAACAAGAAAAACAAUGAACAGCUGAUACCAAUAAGAUAGAUUAAUGAG